CAGGUAGCUCUGAAAAUGGUUCCAGCUGAUGCUGCUAUCUUACAGUGAUAAGGACAUGACAACAGAAACAGAAACCAUUUCUAUGUGACAGCUCUAAGAAACUGAGCCACAUUUUUGAAGAACCUGACACAAUCAACAAGAACACAAUGCCAAUCAACAAGCUGAAGCUGCAGAACUUCACCAUCAAAUUGUUCAGCGUUUUGGGCUUCCUGGUCUCACUCUAUUCGUACUAUGUUGAAAUGAAAGUGGAACACGACAAGAACUACAUCGCUUUGUGCGACAUCAGUGAACAUAUUAGCUGUUCCAAGGCAUUCAAUUCCCAUUACGGUCGUGGUUUCGGCAUCCUGAACGAUAUUUUUGGAGAGGGUUCGAUUUUAGACCAGCCGAACAGCUUGUACGGGAUGUUCGCUUAUUUUGGAAUGUUCCUCCUUGCUCUUACUGACAGAAUCAAGAUGAGCAGGGUCUUUCUCAAUGUAACAGUCAUGUGCAACGUGAUGUCAGUCUACCUUGGAUACAUACUCAUAUUUAUUUUAAAGGAUUUCUGCGUAAUAUGCGUUUCAACGUAUGUUAUCAACUUUGUCCUUGUAGUCGCAGCAUACAAAAAGUAUCAUCACCUUAUAUCCCUGUCACAUGAGCACGAUAGAAAAAAUCAAUAAAAUAUAGGAGACUGUUCUGUUGCUUAA